CGAUAACAAUAACCACUCGUGUAAUUCGAUUAUAAUGUAGCGUGUGAUGCAAACUUGUGAAAAAUAAAAGGUAGUAAGAGAACAAAUGCUCAGACCAUUGGUCAAAAGAUUUAUCCAGAAAUCUGUCCAACCAAUAUGCUCUAACAGAUUAAACAAGAACAUCGUUGUCAUUAGAAAACCACUUCACAGAUAUAUAUCAUCACGUAACAUCCGAUAUCCAAAAAUGACUGGUGGAAAUCUGAUCACAAUGAAACUUGAUUCGCCAGAAUUUCAAGCGCUUUUCACCCCGGAGUUGAAUCAGCUGAUCACACUGUUUGAAAAAAAUAACUUUGAAAUUCGUAUUGCGGGCGGUGCUGUGCGAGAUCUGUUGAUGGAAAAACAGUUACAUGAUGUGGAUUUUGCUACAACUGCGACACCAGAGCAGAUGAAGGAAAUGUUUGAAUUAGCAGGAAUUAGAAUGAUCAAUGCCAAAGGUGAAGGUCAUGGUACGAUUACAGCUAGGAUCAAUGAUAAGGAGAACUUUGAGGUGACCACUCUGAGAAUUGAUAUACGGACAGAUGGAAGACAUGCAGAGGUUGAAUUUACAAAGGAUUGGCAACUAGAUGCAAACAGACGUGAUCUCACCAUCAAUGCAAUGUUUCUAGGUUUUGAUGGAACAGUGUAUGACUACUUUAAUGGCAUAGAAGAUGUGAAGAACCAAAGGGUGAGGUUUGUUGGUAAUCCAGAAGACAGAAUCCAGGAGGAUUAUUUGAGGAUUCUCAGAUACUUCAGAUUCUAUGGAAGGAUUGCCAAGACACCCAAUGAUCAUGAUGAUGGAACAUUGAAGGCAAUAAAGGAAAAUGCAGAGGGAUUGUCAGGGAUAUCUGGAGAGAGAAUCUGGGUGGAACUUAAGAAAAUAGUUGUAGGCAAUUAUGCUGGCAGUAUUAUGAAGAGUAUGGUGGAAACGGGUAUUUCUAAAUAUAUAGGAUUUGCUGAAGAUGCAAAUAUAGAGGAAUUUCAGAAGAUUUGUGAGCAGACAGAAGGACAGAAACCAGAACCAAUGACAAGGAUAGCUGCUCUGCUUGAAAAUUCAGAACAGGUCUAUGAAAUGAACAAAAGACUGAAAGUAUCAAAUGACGAACUUAAGACGUGUUUGUUUAUUGUAAUGUAUCGGGAUCAAGAAGAAGGGGAUGACCUUAUUAAGCAUUAUAAACAUUUAAUUGCAAGACUUUCUGGGAAAGAGAAAAAGGUUGUGAACCGAGUCCUUGAGUUGUUCAAGUAUAAAGGUCUUCACGAUAUGAUUUCCGAAAUAUCGGAAUGGACCCCACCGAAGUAUCCUAUCACUGGACAAGAUCUUAUUGAAAAGGACAUUAAACGGGGGCCAGUAUUUGCGAAGACACUAGACGCAUUAAGGCAAGUCUGGAUAGACAGUGAUUUUCAGUUGACCAGGGAGGAAUUGUUGGAGAAAAUUGAUGAGGUGAUCGCACAUCGGAUGAACAUGAAAGAAAGAUGUGGAGCCGGGCCUCAUGUUAAUACACCGCUUACAACACAAGAAAUGGAAAGAGAUACAUUUUCUUUAGAAGGUGUUAAUGAUAAAGUUUCAUAUGGACUUGAUAAUGACGGCAACUACCAUGAAAGUGGCACAGAACAUCAGCAUGAAGCAAAACAGCCUGAUAAACUGGAGGAGUACUUUGAAUAUAUCUAUGAGACAGAAUGCAAGUUUCACGUGGAACAGAACAAAACUCAAUUUAUUGAGAAUGCCAUUGAAACUUUCGUUAGGUUAAAUAUGGAUUCAUAUUACAGGUACAUGAAUUAUUUCGAUGAUAGUACAUGUAACAUAACCCAUUGUUACCCUGAAUUAUUAAAAGUUGGAAGCUUUUAUGAACACACAAAAAACAAAUUUCCAAAGGAAUUUGACUAUUUAUUAGUGAUAGGCAAUGUAACAGAAAUGCCGCAUAAAUGUUAUAAGAGUCAUUCUUUUUUGACCCAUGGUGAAACGUUUGUAUAUGUGAAAAAUGAAUCGACGUUCAUAAAGGGUCCUGAAAUAGUUAAUAUUAAUGGCCCAGCUCACACCAGUACGUUUUCAUAUCAGAAAGGUGACAAAGAUUACAAAAUUACUGUAGACAUUUCAAUUGCACUACGCUGUGCACCAGACAAUUUAAGCAAUUUGUUGAAGGAGAGUACUGUUUACUGUGAACAAUUUUAUCCCGAGAUUCUAAAUACUGGUAGUUUUCUGUUCAUAAAACACGAUAUUGCAUUUCGUAGUCCGGGUCAGUGGAAGUUUGCAGUGACAGAAACGGAAUGUCUAUUCAUGAAGGAAACUUUGUCAGAAACGCACAAGAAAGCAUACAUGAUAUUGAAGUUUCUCAUAAAUGGCAAUGUUGGAAAUGAUGUCUUGAAAUACAUUCAUAAAAAGUUCAGCUUCUGUAUUUCUUCAUACAAUAUAAAAACAGCUAUGAUAUAUCAUCACUACAAGUGUAAAAGGGAAGGUUUAAAUGUAGCAGACUGUAUACUAGAUGUUCUUAAACAUUUCCAGAAGAAAAUAGAGAUUGAAGUUGAUCGAGUCAAAACCUUGCCCCCAGGUUUAAAAGUUAAAAAGCUUCUCCGCAUUGAACCUGAUUUAUUGAUUGAGAACACGUAUUCCAUGAAGAAACACGUGGAAGAUAGAGAGUAUGAAAGUACAAAGGAAACGCAGGAGAUUUUUCAGUUAAGUAAAAUACCACAUUCCGUAAGGAGAGUUCACCGGGCGUUGGUUCAAGCCUAUAUAGAUGAUGUUGAACGUAUAGUUGAAUGUUUCGAUGUCUUCAUCCGAAGACUAAAUAUUUUAAAAGAGGAUAACAAUUUUUCAGAAUGUGACCAUGGCUGUAAUAACACAAUUCUUGAAAUGCUUUUAGAAGUUCCAGCUUUUGCACAUUAUUUUCGAAAUUCAGAAAGAGUUCAAGAUCUACUGGCAUGUCAGAAAAAGCUAAGAAAUGAACAUUUUGGAAAGGUGAUGCAUGGUAUUUCAUGUUGCCGGUGGUGCAAGUUUCAAUAAAGUUUACAUACAAUGAUUGCAAGGCUCAGAUGUGGCAUUUUGGCCUGUUUUGCUGACCAUUAGAACCAAAUAUAUUAUCCUCUUUGAAUUGAAUUAUUGUUGUCAUUACUAUUGUUUUCUAUUUGUUUAAAACUACUAAGCUUAAGUGAUGUGUGGAGGUUGUAAAUGCUGUGUUUCUGUUUUUUUUUAAGGUUUAUCUAUAACAGAAUUUCACUUCGGCUGGUUUCUGUGGGCAUGAGGGAUUUUUAACGUUCCAUUGCCUCUCAUGAACAUGUUCAGUCAAGUCCGAGUCUGCUAUUACUACUUUGCUUGGUUGUGUUCUGUUUCACAGAUUUUAUUUCACAUAUAUCUAAUAUUGUUGCCUGUUGCAAAAAGGGGAUAAUUUUUUUUUCAGAUGUAGAGUUAUCUCUGAUGUAUUUAAUAAAUUUCUAAGUAAACUUAAUUUAUAGUU